GAUGGCGCCUUCUUCUGCGACAUGAAGGAUUACUUCUACUACUCGCAGAUCCGGUCACAAGACGAGAACACCACAAAGGCGAGAGCCUUGGAUGGCAUGAUCCCAGUGCAGGAGAUCCCGCACCUGAUGUGUGCCCUGGGGUACUUCCCUACACAGCUGGAGAUUACGAACAUGACCAACGAGGUAAAGUAUUCAAAGUUCGCGGAGACCGGCGAGUACGUGGAGAGGAUAGGAUUUGACGACCUGGUGAAGCUCUACGUGAACCACCGACCGGUCUUCGCCGUGGGCCCUGAACAGAUUAGACAAGCCUUCGAGGCCACCAAGAGGCACGAGCCUGGACCUUUGUCGCGGGAAGGUUUCCUCAGUCUCCUCACCAGCUCGGAUCUCAGACUUGCCCGGACACUCAUGAGUAGAGUAGUUCUUUGGGAUAGUGCAACAGUGCAACCGUCACGGGACCGCGCUCCGGUCAUGUUUUCCCUCAGUGACCUUCCGCGCCCCGGGGCAUUCUGGAUCCCUUGUGCCUUGGUUUUGAUUGCAGGGUGUGAUGCUGCGCCCCUGUGCUCCAGGGCAGGUGAGAACUGCCAGGCAACCUCGUGCUGCGAAGAGCCCGGCCACCAGUGCUUCGUCAAGGACUCUUCAUGGGCAGGAUGUAAGCCUUCCUGCGCGCCUGGCAUCGACGCUGCCGACCCGGCGCAGUUCCGUACGCCGUGGUCAUGCGAAGUUUUCAAAGCUUCAAUGGCCGGUACAAGCACAUGCUCCAUCGCAGGAGUUGGCUGUAUGAACACCCGGUGUUGUGUAGAUCCAGACAAUCGCUGUUUCCAGAAAGACCAAUACUGGGCGGACUGCAAGCCUCACUGCGAGCCUGGCAUCCACGAAGAGGAUGCGUUGCAGUUUCGGACGCCCUGGCAUUGCGGCCUCCUCGAUGUGAACGACUCCAACCCCUCCUUGGUAAGCUUCGAGGCCAUCCCAGAACCAUCGGAACCCGCCAAAAGCUGCUCUGGAACGUGGCAAAACUGCCAGAGCACGAGGUGCUGUUCACAGGAGGGUUACACUUGCUUCGAGAAGGACGAGACCUGGGCGGACUGUCGGCUAGACUGCACGCCGGGGAUCAACUCGGAUGAUCCGGAGCCUUACCGCACUCCCUGGAAGUGCAACGUUUUGGAGCCCGUGGUUUUCAGGGGCUCAUCGCUGGAGACCAAGGUCUUAGCACCUGCCGGGUCGCCAGUUGCACGGCAUGGGAGGCUUUUUGUGAAGGGCAACCAGAUACUGGGAGAUCAUGGCCGUCCGGUGCGCAUCCGUGGUGUCUCUCUCUUCUGGUCCCAGUGGGGCUCCAAGUACUGGAACCAGCGUGUGAUCCAGUGGCUGCGUGAUGAUUGGCGGGUGUCCUUGAUACGCGCAGCCAUGGGAGUCGAGGAUGGCGGCUACUUGGAGUCACCGGACAGGCACAAGCAGAUCCUGGCAGAUGUGGUCGAUGCUGCCAUCUUAGCGGGUCUCUACGUCAUCAUUGACUGGCAUGACCAUGCAGCUCACUUGCAUCAGAAGGAGGCCAGGUCCUUCUUCUCAGAGAUGGCCCGAAUCUACGGGCAGUACCCGAAUGUGAUCUUUGAGCCAUGGAACGAGCCUAUUGACCAGUCGUGGAAAUACAUCGUUCGGCCCUAUCAUGAGAUGAUCCUUGGGAAAAUCCGCCAGUACAGUCCCAAUUUGGUAACAUGUGGAUCCCCCUCCUGGUGCCAGGAUGUGGAUGUGGCUUCAGAGCAGCCUUUGGAUGAUCCCAACGUUGCCUACGCUUUGCAUUUCUAUGCCGGCACGCACCAAUCCUCGAUCCGAAGAAAGGCGGAGAAGGCUCUGAAGAAUGGGGUCGCGCUCUUUGUGACGGAGUGGGGGCUGUGCCAGGCGCAUGGCGAUGGCUCCCUGAACUUCACUGAGACGGAGCUCUGGUUGAACCUCCUUGAAACCUACAACAUCUCUGAUGCGAGUUGGGCGGUGAAUGACAAAGACGAGAGUUGCGAUGCUUUGAUUCCCGGCGCAGACUCUGAGGGAGGCUGGGGUCUCGAAGAUCUAACUGCCUCCGGACAAUAUGUACGCAAGUCACUGGUGGACAUGCCUUGGGAUUCAAAAAUCCCUACGAAAGAACCGCUGGACUUUGAUGAGAGUGGCUGUGCAAUGAUGGUUUUAAGUUUCUUUCAUGCCGUCGUCUUGCUGGCACUCUUUUGA